GCCCGCCCCCCGCCGCCAUCUUGGUCGUGGAGGAGCGGGCUGCACGCGUGAGUAAAUAAGCGCGAGCCGGGAGCGGACGGCGGUCCCGGGGCGGAGAGCGGCGGAGCGGACUUCCCGCGUGGGGGUGGCCGACAUGACGGCCCCAGGUCGCAGCCCCCUGGAGCCGCUUCUGGAGACUUGGGAAGACUCCUCGGUGUCUCCCGGAGAGCAGACGGACGCCUACCUAACUCUGACCAGUCGUAUGACUGGAGAAGAAGGAAAAGAAGUCAUUGCAGAAAUCGAGAAAAACCUUCCUCGGCUGUACACAGUUUUAAAGGCUCACAUAUCCAGUCAGAACUCAGAACUGAGUAGUGCCGCUCUACAAGCUUUGGGGUUUUGUUUAUAUAAUCCCAGAAUUACCUCAGGAUUAUCAGAGGCAAAUAUUCAAGAACUGCUUUCAACUUUGAAUGGUAUCAUUAAGAGUUCAGACAAAAAUGUGUGUACCAGAGCACUGUGGGUUAUAUCCAAACAGACAUUUCCUACUGAACUUGUUAGCAAAAUGGUAUCCAGUAUUAUUGAUUCAUUGGAAGUGAUACUAAGUAAAGGAGAGAUACAUUCUGCUGUUGUUGAUUUUGAAGCAUUAAAUGUUAUUAUAAGGCUAAUUGAACAAGCCCCAGUUCAAAUGGGAGAAGAGUCUGUGAGGUGGGCCAAAUUGGUCAUACCAUUAGUUGUUCACACAGCACAAAAAGUACAUCUUCGGGGAGCCACUGCUCUAGAGAUGGGGAUGCCACUGCUGCUUCAGAAACAACAAGAAAUCGCCUUGAUUACAGAGCACCUUAUGACUACUAAAUUAAUCUCAGAACUUCAAAAGCUAUUUAUGAAUAAAAAUGAGACUUAUGUGUUAAAACUAUGGCCUUUGUUUGUCAAACUUCUUGGAAAGACCUUGCACCGAAGUGGGAGUUUUAUCAACUCUUUGUUACAGCUGGAAGAACUGGGCUUUCGUAGUGGAACACCCAUGAUUAAAAAAAUAGCUUUCAUUGCUUGGAAAAGCUUAAUAGAUAAUUUUGCUUUAAACCCAGAUAUACUUUGUAGUGCAAAAAGACUGAAGUUAUUAAUGCAGCCUUUGAGUUCCAUCCAUGUGAGAACAGAAACUUUAGCAUUAACAAAACUAGAAGUCUGGUGGUAUUUACUGAUGAGGCUUGGACCUCAACUCCCUGCCAAUUUUGAACAGGUUUGUGUGCCACUGAUUCAGAGUACAAUAAGUGUUGAUAGUAUUGCUUCACCUCAAGGCAGUUCAUCUCGAGGGUCUACUUCUCCUGGCUUAAGUCCACUGACUCCUGGACAUAAAGGUGCUUCUCCUUACGGAACUCCUCGUGUGACCCUGAGUUCAAAUAUAGGUGGAAUGGCUACAAUCCCAUCUAUUCAGCUUUUGGGACUGGAAAUGAUGCUUCAUUUUUUGUUGGGUCCAGAAGUUUUGAGUUUUGCCAAGCAACACAAGAUUGUACUGAGUUUAGAGCCACUGGAGCACCCGCUCAUCAGCAGCCCUUCCUUCUUCUCUAAAUAUGCGCACACACUCAUCACUGCUGUUCAUGAUAGCUUUGUGGCAGUUGGAAGGGAGGCCUCAGAUGCAGUACUCAGUGCUAUCUGGAAGGAGCUAAUUAGCCUGGUGAAAUCAGUUACUGAAUCAGGAAACAGAAAAGAAAGAUCAGGUUCUGAAGUUUUGACCCUCCUGCUAAAAUCUUUGGAAAACAUAGUGAAGUCAGAAGUAUUUCCUGUAUCAAAAACACUGGUUCUCAUGGAAAUUACAGUUAAAGGACUUCCUCAGAAAGUAUUAGGUUCACCAGCAUAUCAGGUUGCUAAUAUGGAUAUUCUUAAUGGAACUCCAGCAUUGUUCUUAAUCCAGUUAAUUUUCAACAACAAUCUUUUAGAAAGUGGUGUAGAAGAUGAAAAGUUUUUUCUCAAUCUAGAAACACUUGUAGGCUGUGCGCUUUCUGGUCCGACAUCACCUCUGGCUUUCAGUGAUUCUGUACUAACCAUGAUUAGUCAAAAUGCAAAGCAGUUGGCAAACAAGGAGCAUCUCUGGCGAAUGUGGAGUAUGAUAGUCACUCCACUCACUGAUGUGAUUCAUCAGACCAAUGAAGUGAAUCAAGGUGAUGCCUUGGAACAUAAUUUUAGUGCCAUCUAUGGUGCAUUGACUUUACCAAUAAACAAUAUUUUUUCAGCUCAGACAUUUCCCUUGGGUACCAUGAAAACCUUACUUAAAACUUGGUCAGAAUUAUAUAGAGCAUUUAGUCGUUGCUCUGCUUUGGUGGCAACAGCAGAAGAGAAUUUGUGCUGUGAAGAACUUUCUUCUAAAAUAAUAUGCAACUUGGAAGAUGAAGCCCUUUCAGAUUUGCUCUUCUUGGACAGAAUCUCUCAUAUUAUUAUUGUAAUGGUUGAUUGUAUCGACUUUUCACCAUAUAAUAUGAAAUACCAGCCAAAAAUCAAAUCACCACAGAGAUCUUCAGAUUGGUCCAGAAAGAAGAAAGAGCCCCUGGGGAAAUUGGCUUCUUUAUUUAAGCUAAUUGUGAAAGUCAUCGAUUCUUUCCACACUCUAAGCCUCAAGGAAACAUACUCUGAUACAUUGCUUGCAAUUGGUAACUCUAUCAUUAGCAUGCUUGCCAACGUAUUUGGACAUAUUUCCUUGCCCUCUAUGAUCCGAGAAAUAUUUGCAACUUUUACAAGACCUCUGGCUUUACUGUAUGAAAACUCAAAGCUUGAUGAGGUUCCUAAAGUAUAUACUUGUUUGAACAGCAAGUUAGAAAAGCUAUUAGGAGAAAUUGUUGCUUGUCUACAGUUCAGCUAUCUUGGAGCCUAUGACAGUGAACUUCUUGAACAACUUUCUCCACUCCUGUGCAUAAUAUUUCUUCACAAGAAUAAACAGAUUCGGAAACAGAGUGCUGUGUUGUGGAAUGCUACAUUUGCUAAAGCGACAGCUCUGGUUUAUCCUGAGGAAUUAAAACCGAUAUUAAGACAAGCCAAACAAAAAAUUAUGCUUCUGCUGCCUGGUUUGGAAAAUGUUGAAAUGAUGGACGAGUCCAGUGGACCAUAUUCAGAUGCAACAGAGAAUUCACAAUUAAAUGUCAAGAUAAGUGGCAUGGAAAGAAAAUCAAGUGGAAAAAGAGAUUCCAUUUUGGCACAUUCAAAGGAUAAAAAAGAAAAUGUGAAACUGUCGGCCAAACUGAAACUAGAAUCUUCAACUUCAAAAAUAAAGAGUGGUAAGCUUCUGGAAGAGGAAACGUCUACUGACUUUGUCUUCAUACCUCCAGAAGGAAAAGAGACGAAGGCAAGGGUUCUAACGGAGCACCAGAAAGAAGUCCUCAGGACAAAACGGUGUGAUAUUCCUGCCUUGUAUAAUAAUCUGGAUGCUUCACAAGAUGCUUUAUUUUCUGCUCAGUUUAGUCAAGAAGAAUCAAUGGAAAGCCCCACUUUAACUGAAAAACCAAAAGAAGAUGCCAGGAUAAUUAAGGAAGAGCAAAUGGAGAGUGUCCUUUUCACCCCUCAAGGUGCCCCAGAAAACUCUGGAAUAGAUCAACAUCCUGAGAAGGCUUCUUUACCAAGUAGUGGCGGCUCUGUUGCUGAAACCAAUCCAGAAAUGUUGAGCAGUGGUUUUGAUGCUAAAAAAGAAAUAUUAAUUUCAUCAAAAAUAACGUCAGCUGAAUGUACAGAAACUUCGGUGGUCAGCAGCAGUUCAGUUUCUAAUGCCACUUUUUCUGGAACUCCUCCACAGCCUACAAGUCGGAGACAAACCUUUAUUACUUUGGAGAAAUUUGAUGGCUCAGAAACUAGACCUUUUAGUCCAUCCCCCUUGAAUAACCUGUCUUCCACUGUUACUGUGAGAAAUAACCAGGAUAACACAACUAAAACUGAUACGCCACCAAAAGCAAGGAAAAGAGAAGUGGCUCACUCAAAGCCUGAUUCAGAACAAUUAGCGAAUGCAGGUAAGAAAUCAAGCCGGAGAUGGAGUAAAGCUGAGCAGUCGGUUAAUAAAAAGUCUAAGCCUUCACUGACGUCUCAACAGGAAGAACAUCCACUCGAAAAUAACCCCCCUGAUUUGCUCAGUCCAACAGAAUGUGUGUCAGAAAAUCAUGAUCAUCCUUCUGAAGCUACCCUAGAACACGAAGAUAGAGCUCCUAAGCCAGCAAUAGAAAAUGCUUCAUUGGAAGACGUAACGACAGAAGAAAAAAGUGUAGGCAUUAACCCGGAAUCUAAAGCAAAUGCAGACUCAAUUGUAGCAUCAACAGAACGGAUAGUCAGUGAAGAGAGUCAAGCUGCUGCCGCUCCAAAUCCAAAAACACUCCGACGGUCUUCAAGGCGGCGGCCAGAAGUAGGAGAGUCUGGUGCUGACAGCCAAGACAAGGACAGUGGUCAACAAAAAAAGGAAAGACGAAAGGAAGAAGACAAAAUUUCAAAGACUCUGUUGCAUAUCAAAGAUGAUAAAUUGACCAAGCAAAAACUAACUGCUGAGCCACCUAUACAGGAAAAUUUAACUGAAAAAGGAAAUAGUUUGCAUGAGAGAACUUUAGGGGAAUCCAGUGUUAAUGCUGAAAUUGACCAAAAUAAAAGAAAACCAGAACUUGAGAAUGUUAGUUCUGAAGGAGGUGGUACCCUGGACAGUAUAGAUAAAUCAUCUGAGAAACCUUUAAGAGGGCGGACACGAUAUCAAACAAGAAGAGCUUCUCAGGGUUUGAUUUCUGGUGUUGAAAACUCAGAAUCUGAUAGUUCUGAGGCAAAGGAAGAAGUUUCAAGAAAGAAACGAUCAGGGAAAUGGAAAAAUAAAAGCAGUGACAGUGUUGACAUUGAAGAACAAGAAGAAAAAAUGGUUGAAGAGGAAGUUAUGAAAACUGCAAAUCAGACACAUGAUGGUCAGGCAGUUCCCGAUGUUGAUAUGAAUGCAGUGGCUCAGGUUUGUGAAAAAAGUACAGAUAACAAUAGGGUGAUCCUUCAGGAGUCUUCUGGGUCUGCAGAGUCACUGCAAGUUCCACUUACAGGCGAGGAUAAAAGUAAGACUAGCAAAUAUGUAGACAGUUCACUUGUAAGUCUGCCUGUGCCAGAACCAAACCUCAGGACUAGGAAUGCCAGUAAGAGAUUAUGUAAACGAGAUGCUGAUAGUAGUAUGGGGUCAUCAGACAUUUCUGGGUCUCCUGAAAAAUGCACCCAAGUAGUUGAAUGCCAACACAAGAGAAGUAGGAGAGUAAGGAGAUCUAAAAGUUGUGACUGCUGUGGGGAAAAAUCACAGUCCCAGGAAAAGUCAUUUAUUGGAUUAAAGAACACAGAAAGUUAUGCCACAAGGAGCAUGGAGACAAAAAAGACAGAUACACAAGUACCUGAGACUGCACCUGAAAUGCCUAAAGCUAAUGAACAUGCAGAAACAAAGUUGGUAGGUGAACAGCCUAUUGUGAAUUUUCAUAUGGGUCUUAAAGACGAGAAUUCUACUACUGGUAAUUUAAUUAAGUCUGAAGCUGAAUUGGAAGAAAAUAGUAAAAGUUCCCUUCCAUCUGAGAUAGUAAAUAAGAAAGAAAAAACUUACGAUACAGAUGGUAGCGCAGCAGUCUGUGAAAUCCAAGAGCCAUGUAAUGAAACAUACAGUGCUGCUGAGGACCCAUGCUUCAGUGAUUGCAAAGAUAUCUCACUGAAGUCCCCUUCAGAUAACAGAGUAGAAUGUCCAGAAGCUAUUCUGAAAAGAGAGUUUGACAUCAGCAAUGUAGGGAAGGCAUGCAAAGUAACAGCUGGGUCCACUCCGGAGAGAGUUGAAACUAUGGAAUUAAAUGUAAAAAAUGACACAUGUGGAGCUGCUGUCUCUGAAAAGAAGAGUAUCCAAAUGGAUGUUUCUGUAGAUGUGGUAACAGAGGAGGAUAAUAAAGAUGAAUGUGAAGCAGUCACAACUGAAGUGAAUGCUGAAGGAGGAGCCACUGAGGACUUCAAUUCAAGUAUGAGCCUUUCUGAUACUACCACACCUAUAAGCAAGGAUGUUCAGACUGAGCAGCCAGCCAGUGGGGAACUAGAGAGGAAUAGCAAUGAAUCUGAUUCAGGCUUGUGUGAGGAAAUGAACAAUGAAAUGGAAAGUUACAAAACCCAGAUGAACACUGAAAUUGACAAUGCCAGGGUAAAGGAUGUGGACAUGAUUGUCAGCACCUCUAAAUCUGAAGAAGCACUGGUUGGAAGACUAGAUGGCAACACCGAGAGCUUUGUUAGUGGCAGUGAAAUGAGCUCUGGAGAAGGAACUGUUAAUUGCAAAACUGAGAUGAGCAUUGAACUUAAUAAAUUAGAUGAAGCAAAAUUAAGUGGCAAUAAAACUGCAGUGGGAAAUGAUACUCUGCAGGAAGUUUGCUUUACUACAGAGAAAGUGGAGGAAUUACCACAGUCUCUGACACCCGAAGUGGCUUCUGAACUUGGAGUAGAAACCGGUAAUGCAUCUCCUGAAAAGUUAGAGCUGGAUCCUUCUUUUGGAUCAGCAAGUGAAAGUCCUAGUGGUAUGCAGGCACGCUGUGUCUGGUCACCUUUGGCUUCUCCAUCCACAAGCAUUUUAAAGAGAGGACUAAAAAGAUCCCAAGAAGAUGAGAUCUCACCAGUUAACAAGGUUAGACGAGUCUCGUUUGCAGAUCCAAUAUACCAAGCAGGAUUGGCAGAUGACAUUGAUAGGCGCUGCUCUGUUGUUAGGUCUCAUUCUUCAAAUAGCUCUCCCAUAAUAAAAAGUGUUAAAACUUCACCUACUUCACAUUCUAAGCAUAAUACCACUUCAGCCAAAGGAUUUCUGUCCCCAGGAUCACAGAGCUCUAAAUUUAAGAGCUCAAAGAAGUGUUUAAUUACAGAAAUGGCCCAAGAAUCCAUGCUGUCCCCAACAGAAAGUGUUUACCCAGCUUUGGUGAACUGUGCAGCAUCAGUUGACAUCAUUUUACCUCAGAUUACGUCAAACAUGUGGGCAAGAGGUCUCGGACAACUUAUCAGAGCCAAGAAUAUAAAAACAAUUGGCGAUUUGAGUACGCUCACAGCAUCUGAAAUAAAAACUCUUCCAAUUCGUUCUCCAAAGGUGUUUAAUGUAAAAAAGGCCCUCAGAGUAUAUCAUGAGCAACAGAUGAAAUCUCGUGGACUUGAAGAGAUUCCAAUUUUUGACAUUUCUGAGAAGGCAGUGAAUGGAGUGGAGAGCAAGGCCCUGUCCACGGAUGAGGAAAGGCUUGCCGCGGAUUUGAUUGAUCCUGUGACUCUAGAGACCCCAUUGUCUAAAAACCUUGUAGCACAAAUUAGUGCUCUUGCUCUUCAACUGGAUUCAGAAGAUCUCUACAGUUAUUCUGGAAGCCAGCUCUUUGAAAUGCAUGAAAAACUUGGUACCAUGGCAAACUCUAUAAUAAGAAAUCUACAGUCACGCUGGAGAUCAACAGCCCAAGAAAAUUCUUAGUAUUUUAAGAAAUGUAAAGUUUUUUUCACCAUCAGAUUUUAUUUUUUGGCUUUUAGAAAUAUCCACACCAUUUAAAGAGGAAACUUUGUAAAGUUGAUAAAAUCAAAUCCUGAAAGGCAAUGAAUUACUAGGUCAGUUUUAUAAGUUCAUUAGAUCUUCCCUACUGUAUUUUCUUGGCCAGUACACAUAGUUUUUUAAGAAAUUUAAAUGUUACUGAAACUUGAAAGCAAAAGAAAUAUACAUACUUUUUUUUUU